GAACUACUCUAACUGGAUCUCUUACUUGCCUCUUUAUACUAGACUAUUUAGAAUUUUUUAUAAAACGUAAAAAAUUGUGAAUUUUUUUUCUCAUGUUUAAAGCUCAUUGUGGAUGCUAAAUAUAAAUAUAUGCACAUUGUAAAAUUUUCAUUUCUGAGACUAAACUUAUUUUUCAAAUUUUUUUUUUAUUUUUUAUUAUAACAGCAUUUUAUUCUAUAAAAUCUGAGAGUAACCAUGGGAAAGAAAAUAGAAAAAAAAAUUAUAUUCACACUUUUAAUCUAAAACCUUUGUGGUUUGGUCCAGGGAAACCCAUAGGUUAAAUAAGAUUUAACUCACAGACCCUGUGUGACCCACAAGAUUUAUUAAUUAAAAAUCAUGAAGUAGCUUCAGCUACAGAUGGGUUCGAACAUUUCAAAUUAAAGGCCUCUGCUCUUCACAUGAUUUUUGGGCUGAAGAAAAUGAUGAGCGGUUGUUCUGAUCUCACCAUUGAAUUUAUUUCUUAAAGCAUAUCACUAUUAAAUUUAAGGUUGUCGACUUGUCGUACACACAAAUUAAUUAGUUGUUCCGGGGUUGGUAUCUUAAUUAUUAUCUUCGUCAAGACUAUAAAAGUAAAAUGUUUAAAAAAUAUUAUCACAUAAAAAUUUAAACCAAUAAAUACUUUUUAAUAAUUUAAAGUGUUUAAUAAAGUAGAUUAAAUUCUUAAUCAGUAUUCUAUUUGUUAAGAUCAAAUUAGUUUCCUCAGCUUGUAACUGUUACAAAAGUUAAAAUUUUAAUUACAUCUUUUUUUUUUCAAAAAUAAUCAUAUACUAUUGUUAAAUAUUUUCCUGACUAGCACCCAACUUUAUAUAAUAAAUUACAAUAUUUAUUUAAAAUUUUUAGAGUGAAAUAUUCUCUUUUAAAGUGUUUCUCCUUUCAACGAACCAUGCUUUUUGUUUUGUGGGAUUAAGUAUCCUGUUUAAAUUAUUUUUUUCACAUAUUAUUACUUUUAAAAAUCCUUUUUUCAAAACUUUUUUCUUAUGGUUUUAUCGCUUUACUUAUUUACACUAUUUUUUUCCUUGUCCUUUCAGAUUAUAUCAUCAAAUCAUCACUCAAAAAUUAAGAUUUUGACAGAGAAAACAAAAGAAUAAGAAACAUUUAGUGUAUGAAAAUUUUCGUCCCCUAACUCAGACAUUUUAUUGAGGAUAAAGGUUUCAAGAAUUUUUUAAAAAAUAAUUGUAAAAUAUAUUGAGUUGUUAUUAAUACGUUGAUUUUUUAAAAUAAUUCUAAAUAUUUCUUACGAAUAUGUUGAUUUCUCAAUAAAAGUUUUAUUCUUGUAAAAAUGUACAAUAGCAUUAUGAUCAAUAUCCAUAAUAAAAAGGUUUUACUUCUAUUUAUUUACACAUUAAAACUUCCAAGAAUCACUUAUGUUCGGGAAAUAUUUAUAUUCGGUUCUAUUAUAAAUGAAAAAAAUUCUUAUAUUAAUUUAUUAUAAAUUUUUUAAAUAUCUUUUAUACCAAAGGUUAUCUUAAAGAAAAAGAUAAGCUCAUCCAACGUGUAAAUUUCGAAUAGAGAAUAGAAUCUUUGUCCAUUUCUUUGAUUUUUUACUUAAAAGUUAUCCAUAAAUUAAAAAAAAAAUCCAAAAAUUGCUAAUUUUAAAGAUUUAAUCGAAUUUAAUUGACUAAUUAACAUGGUUUUGUCUCUUCGGCAACACCCUGAAAAUUUAGCAGUAGCACGUGCAGUGGCGUACCAUUGGUCAUGUGGUAGCCGUCCGUACGUGAACAAAGAAUGAACCAGUUGAGCCGUUCCUGAAUCACAGGGCGUAUAUAGAGUUCUUUAAUCAUAUGAUAAUGAUGCACAUUUUGAAAAACUUGAGAGUGAGAGUACCCCAAACAGCACCUUAUGAGACCUUACAAAUAUAACCUACCCCAUGUAGUUAAACUUCGAAUCCGAUGUGAAUGCAUAACUUCCAAUUUGAUUUUGAUUACAAACCCAAUGAUUAAAGUGACCUUCUUGAUUAUCCCAAAGCCACAAGAACUCUUUUCUUUCUCACCCUCACUCUCAUAAUGCAAAUUCUUCCCCACUCUUCUGCAACAAUUCCACAUUUGCAAACCCCAUAAAAACAUCAUCUUUUCACUUUACCGGGAUCUGGGUCUCUUUUAUUUUUCCCAAAGACAAAGUAGAGAUUGCCUUCCACUCACUUUAAAGAGAGAGAGAGAAACUGUGUAAUAUAUAUAUCUCUAUGACCCCAGAUCUUCAAAUGGGAGUGUGAUUGUUGCUCGAGUCACAAUCAAGCAUUGUUGAAGUAACUGUUAAGUUGGGUUUGUAAUGAGGGUGUGGAGGGCUCAUCCACCGGAGCAAAGGCAUUGUACUAAGGGUGUUUUGAGGUGGGUUUUGGUUUGGAUCAGUGUUUGUUUUCUUGUAUUCACCGUUGGACCACCGUCACGUUGGCGGUUGAAAGAGGGUUUAUCUACACAAUCUUCUUGUCCUCCUUGUGAUUGUUAUUGCUCUUCAGCGGAAUUUCCACUAGAUCCUUUGGAUUGUGGUAAACAUGAUCCGGUUAUGAAUGAGGAAAUGAAUAAGGAUCUACUGACAAUGCUAUCCGAAGAGCUAAGUUUGCAGAAAAUUGUGGCCAACGAAACCUUGGAACACACCAAAAGGUUAGUAAUGGAUGCCAGGAAAACUUUUUCACAUUACCAGAAGGAAGCUGAAAAGUGCAAUAUAGGGAUGGAAACUUGUGAAGAAGCAAGGGAAAGGGCAGAGGCAGAGCUCAUUGAAGAGCGUAGGCUAACAGCUUUAUGGGAAAAUCGAGCUCGUGAAUAUGGGUGGAAUGACAGAACACAAUAGAGGAGUUGACUAAACUAUCAUUACAUUAUUUGUGUUGAGUGUUAACGCUUCAUUUUGAUUGCCAAUACACAGCGGUCUGUUGUGAUAAUUUUAAACAGGUCAGCUAGGCAAUUGAUAACAAGUUUAGUGUUUUGCUAAUGAGUCGAUACUUGUUUUCCUGAUACAUUUGCCGCAUUUUAUAAGCAACAUAGGUCUCGAACUACAGACACUACAUCCAUUUUUUAGACAAUCUGAUUACGAAAGGAGGCACAAUUGAAAAAC